AUGGCAUCUGGGGAGAACUUGGCGCCACGAGAUGCAAAAGUCAUUUCGGUGAUCCUCAGAUCUUUAGGAAUAGAAGAGUGCGAGCCAAAGGUCAUUAUACAGCUGCUGGAAUUUGCUUACAAAUAUACUACCGAUGUUCUCGAAGAUGCACUGCUAUUUGCAAAGCAUGCAGACAGAAUGCACAUCAGCACAAGUGACGUCAAGCUUGCCCUUCAGACAAAGGUAGGAAGGCACUUCGUCCCGCCCCCUCCAAGGCAAUACCUGUCUGACAUAGCUGCAAUGGUCAAUUCAAAGCCAUUGUCAACACCAGAAGGCGAAAACCUCAUCAAAGUCCCCCCUUCGUCCUCAGCAUUGCUUAACUUGGACUAUGAGGUCCUCAGAAAAGACAGCGACAAGAAGAGAAGGAUCUACUGA